AUGUUUGACAGUAUGGCCCAUAGUGCAUCAAAGGAACUUGGAGCCUCCCUGACCAGACUCUGCCUUCGACACAAAUCAAUAGAACUCAAGCUCAAGUCCUUCACAAGUUCAAUAACGGAAUAUUUGGUGGUCCCUCUACAAGAGAAGACAGAGGAAUGGAAGAAAAACACAGUUCAACUCGACAAGGAUCAUGCCAAAGAGUACAAGAAGGCCAGACAGGAUAUUAAGAAGAAGUCCUCAGAUACCAUCAGACUUCAGAAGAAAGCAAGAAAAGGUAAACCACAUGUGCAAUACCAGUUAGACAGUGCCAUGCAGGGCGUCAACGACAUGUUCGUCCUUUUGGAGGAAGCAGAGAGGAAUGCUUGCCGUAACGCUCUCAUUGAGGAGAGGAGUCGAUUCUGCACUCUGGUCGGGUUCCUCGGGCCAGUCGUGGAGGAUGAGAUCUCCAUGCUAUCAGAGGUUACCCAUCUUCAGACCGUCAUGGAGGACCUGAGCGCUCAGAGCAAAGACCCUCACAUCCUGCCCCCGGUCAGCGAACAGGUCAUCCAUGAUAUGAAGGGUCAAGAUGCCCAGUGGUCAUAUACUCCACCAAGUUCCCCAACCCCUUCGACCGGCUCCCGCAAGUCCAGCAUGUGCAGCAUGAGCAGCCUGAACAGCUCCGACUCCCGCUCCAGCGGCUCCAUGGCCUCGGCCCACUCCAACCCCAGCACCGGGGGACCCAAUGGCUCGUCCCUGCACAGCUACCACCGGCACCGCAGCCUCUCGCAGCCAGGCAACCCUGCCUGCCGUCUCUCCAGCGUGUCGUCGCAGGACUCCGGUUUCACCUCCCAGGACACGCUCUUCACCCGGCCGGGAUCGCCCCCGUCGUCAUCGUCGACCAGCAGUGGGGGGAGCCAGGCACCGCAGCAGCUGCCUCCCCUGAGGGUGGAGGAGGACGGCGAUCCGGUGGACGAGACCAUGGCGUACAGUCUGAUGCUGCAGAUGGCUAACGAGUAUGCCCAGCAUGGUAGAUUAUCCUCCAGUGACCAGUCCUCCAGUGAGUGCAGCACCCCGUCCUCCUCCCCAUCCCCAGCCUACCCCGCCCCUCCCUCCUCCCAGAUGGCCCCUACCCCGCCCUGGUUAGAGAACAAGCUCCCCGCGGCCAUCAUCUCCACCACACCCUCUGUGCCGGGUCCUAAGAGGCAGCCCAAGCCGGUGCCCACGCCCAUGGUGUCCUUCAUGAAGCCCCCGAUGAAGGGCGAGGGGAGCGGUCAAGCGCCCCUCAAGAAUGGAAAGACGGGUAAACAAGCCCUGCCCGAUUUCAACAUGACCCAGCCCAACCAGAUUGUGCCUCAACCCUUGUCUUCAACCAAUGGAACUGACCAAUCAAAAACGCUUCCUACAAGACGCACUUCUCAAGGUUCCUCUCCUCUGGGCCUAGAGGCAGCCCUGGCCCUAGGUGAGGCGGAGAGAAAGCUGGAGGUAGACCCGAUCUACGCCACACCCGGACCAGCCAGGAGCAAGCCCUCCAAGCUGGAUGUGGCUCCAAACAUGACCCCCAUGAGCCAGAGGUCAGCAGGGUCAAGCGGGUACGGCACUCAGGCCAGCUCUCCAAAUACGUCCAGUGACACGGUCAACUCAUCAGAAUACGAUCCUUACUCACUCUGUGACAGUAACAUCAACUAUCCUGACAUCAGUAAGUCAGCCACUCUACCGCGGCACUUCAAUCCAGCCUCGAUCUUUCAAGUUGUAUCGACAGCCUCGUCGUCAUCGUCUUCUUCUUCGUCCUCCUCUUCCUCCUCGUCCUCCUCCUCAACGGCUUCGACCCCUCACUCUCAGAUGCACCGCCGUCACUCCUCUAUCGGUGCCUUCACCAACAACGACAUGUCCAUCCACGGUACCGUGCGCCGCAGGAAACCGCCGCCACCAAUCCGGAGGACGCCGUCCGGUAACUCGCUCUCGUUCAGCCUUACAGAGUCAAACAGCGCGCCGCAGUUUGAUGCGUCAGGCAAGUUCAAGGUGCCCCCUCCUACGAUGGCGCCAGCGAAAGAUACCCCAGCCAAGGUGGGGCGCAGCAUGAGUCUGAGGGUGGGGAGCGAUAUGGCACAGGAUAUGAGUAGGAUUGCUUUGAAGGAAAGCCUGGAUGCCAAGCUGGCCGAGCGUCGGAACUCACCCAGGACACCGCCAGGGGAGAUCGGCAACAAACAGCCAGUCUUUACUGUUGGUAGCAACGGUCAAAGUGUGUUAGAUGGACCAUCGCAAUAUGGCAUGACAACGCCAGGGUCGAGGCAUAGUAUUGCCCAUCCCCCUUCGUCUUUUCAACAACAGUCAUUUGCUCAGCAGCAACAGCAGCAGCAACAACAAGAACUGCAAUAUCAUCUACAACUCCAACAGCAGAAGCACCAACAGCAACUUCAGCAACAGCAACUCCAGCAGCAACAACUCCAGCAGCAGCAACAACAGCCACAGUAUCAACAACAACAAAAUCAGCAACAACAACAAAUGCAGUCCGUGCCACAGCAGCAACACUAUAUGCAGAAUCAGUACCAGCAACAACCACCACAACAGCAGCAGCAGCAACAACAGGCUCAACAAAACCACUAUCAGACUCUGCCCCAGCAACCCCAAACUCUGCAGGGGCAGCAGCCCCCUCCCCAGCAAGGUUAUGGCUACACCUCACCCAAUGGUAGAUGUAUACCCCAACCCCCCUGUUUCGACCCCCCUACUCCACCCGCUCAGGGGAGUCCCCUCCCCCCUCCACCCAUGUCCAUGCUGUCCACUCCCUCCCCCCAGCAGCUGCAGCAUCAUCAGGCAGCUCCGGUAGAAAGCGAGUCGGAGGAGGAAGAGGAGACGGGCGUCGGGGCCAUGGCUGAAAUCAGACGGGGUGUCGUGCUGAAAAAAACUGUCGAAAGGAAUGAUCGCUCGGCGCCAAGGAUAUCGUCUCCUUAAAGAGACACCAACAUAGUAAAUUUGCAUAGAUGAACAGUAUGAUUGAGCCAUGAGAAGCAAAAAGAGCCAUGACGUAUCAAAGGACCAUGACGUAUCCAAAGGACCAUGAUGUACUUUGUUGUUUGUUCUUGAUGCAUU